GAUCCGGACGAGAUCCUGCAGUACCAGACCCCGAAGAUUGUGGUCGUGAAGGACGCGAAGUUGGGGUGCCUCAGGCUGAGCCUGAUGUUUGCGAUCUUCUGCUACAUCUUCAUCUGGACCAUCCUCUUUAAGGGGGCCCACCUGGCGAAGAACGACAUCGAGGGCGUCUUCAGGGUGACGCUGAGGCACCCGACGAGGGACCUGUGCGACCCGUUCCUGAUCGGGUGCGAGGCCAACUUCACACCGAUGUCCGAGCUGACGUACUGCUCCGAGAGCCCCGCGGAGUACGCGACGGCGGGCGGGCAGGCCGGCGUCAAGAGGCCGUGCCAGUAUUGGGACUACGUGGAGUCUGGCAUGACUGUCGACGGUGGCAUCUUCGUUCCCACCAGGGUUCGCCGGUUCCACCAGAAGCGGGGCUGCGAGCCCUCGCAGGCGAACGGCUGGCGGUGCAGCGAGAAGGGCAACGUGCUGUACAAUUUCGAGGACACCGCGGCCGGCGGGCUGCAGAAGGCCAGCGAGGGGACGUUCAAGGAGGCCCACGAGGUCGAGCGCUUCUGGUUCAGGCCACACGUCUCAGGUGGCCGAGACCAGGUGCCUGGACCGGUGGGCUCGUUUUCCACCGCCACCACCACAGCCAUGACCUCGCGCGCCUUGUUCGGCAACCCCGACUCGGAGAUCGACCAUGAGUUCGGGGAGCGGCUGGCGAAGAAGGACCCGAAGACGGGCGUGAACCAGUUCUGCCAGCGCUUCUGCAACCGCCCCAUCAACAAGCAGGACGUCAUCUACACCGUCACGAAGUACCCCCAGGGCUACCAGGCCACCGUGAAGCUCAACUGCAUCGAGGGGCAGGAGUUUGCCGGCGCGGUGGCCAACAGCCAGAAGGAGGCGGAGGCGCUCGCCUCGCAGCAGAUCCUCGAUUUCUACGCCGAGCAGAUCAACAACAUGCGGAAGCCGCCGAAGAAGAAGAAGAAGCGGCCGGCCACCCAGCCCCCAGGCACGCCGCCGCCGCCGCCGCCCAAGCCGGGGGACCCGCAGCCCGAGCUGGAUCCGUCCAUCUCGGCGAAAGGCAACCUGAACGCGCACGUCGGGAAGAUCCUCCGGCGCGUGCUGGAGAAGGACGAGGUGCUGUACGAGACGCAGCAGGUGGUCGGCGGCUACCAGUCCACGGUCCGCAUGCCAGGGCUUCCAGACGACUGGGGGCUGCAGAUCUGGGCCGGGGAGGUGUGCCACAAGCGGCAGGACGCGGAGCAGAGCGUGGCCCAGCUCGCUCUCGACGCCAUCCGUGCCGACGAGGGCCUCAUGGCGAAGUACAACGAGCCGGCCAAGGUGAAGAAUUGGAUCCCGAUCGGCACCGGGCGCGCCAUGGGAAAGGGCCACCAGGGGCCUGGGAACAUUUUCGGCGGCAAGGCCUACUGGAGACCGCCCGCCUGA